UCCUGAAUCAGAGUUAGCUUGUUUCUGAGGGUUGUUUAGGACCGACAAGACGUGAGUCGAGGACACAAAGCAGCUGCCGGGGUGGGAUUUGUCUUUCUCUCUGUGAAGUGGACUAAAAGAAGACUUCCGGGGACUUUUGUCUCGGCGACAUGGACUACUGGAGUGCCUUGGAGGUGUACAAGGAGAUGGUGCUGCUGUACCUGGAGGAGGGCCGGCGCCACAUCAACGCCCGCUGCGCCGACCUGGAGCCGUGGCAGCUCAUCGGGGCGUCGGUCUUCACCACGCUGGGGGCCAUGUGGCUCCGAGGCUUCCUCUUCCAGCAAGAAAGCCUCACGUCCCGGAUCAAGAAGCGAUGCUUUCGACUCAUCAGGAAAAUCCCCUUCAUCGGAGUCACGAUUCAGAGGCAGCUGAACAAAGCGUUGGACGACAUGUCCCUCAGUCUGUUCACGCUGAAGGAGGGCAUGAGCUACAUGAAGGAGCUGCCCUCCAGCGGCCUCUCUCACAGCCAAGUCAUGGACAAAAUCAAAGAGUAUCAGACCCUGAAUGAGGUGCCGUGGGAGAGAGGCUGUGUUUCUGGGACCGUGUACUGGGGGGAUGAAUCCCUGACCAAACUCCUGGUGAAGGUAUACGGGGAUUUUGCGUGGAGCAACCCUCUUCACCCGGACAUCUUCCCCGGUGUCAGGAAGAUGGAGGCUGAAGUGGUCCGGAUGUCCUGCACGCUUUUCCACGGGGGACCUGCUUCAUGCGGCACCGUGACUUCAGGAGGGACCGAGAGCAUCCUGAUGGCCUGCAAGGCGUACAGGGACAUGGCGUACGAACGAGGAGUCAGGCACCCCGAGAUCCUCGCUCCCGUGAGCGUCCACGCAGCCUUCGACAAAGCGGCGCAUUACUUCGGGAUGAAGCUCGUUCACAUUCCUCUUGACAAGAAGACCAUGAAAGUAGACGUGAAGGCGAUGAGGAGAGCCAUCAGCAAGAACACGGCCAUGCUCGUCUGCUCAGCGCCUCAGUUCCCUCAUGGAAUCAUAGAUCCUGUUCAGGAAGUGGCCAAGCUGGCCGUACGCUACAACGUCCCGCUGCACGUGGACGCCUGUCUGGGCGGCUUCCUCAUCGUCUUCAUGGACAAAGCUGGUUUCCCUCUCGCUCCAUUCGACUUCAGAGUGGACGGAGUCACAAGCAUCUCUGCUGACACCCACAAGUACGGCUACGCCCCCAAAGGCUCGUCUGUGAUCCUCUACAAGGACACAAAGUACCGUCAGUACCAGUACUUUGUAGCUCCAGACUGGCAGGGGGGGAUCUACGCCUCGCCCUCCAUCGCCGGCUCCAGACCUGGUGGGAUCAUCGCGGCCUGCUGGGCGACCAUGAUGUACAUGGGAGAGAACAGAUACGUGGACGCCACCAGGAAGAUCGUCAGCACGACGCGCAAGAUCAAGACCGAAAUCCAGAAGAUUAAAGGGGUGUUUGUGUUCGGGGACCCGGAGGUGUCGGUGGUGGCCAUCGGCUCGGAUCAUUUUGACGUUUUCCGCCUCUCGAAUGCGCUGACGUCGAAGGGCUGGAAUCUGAACACGCUGCAGUUCCCAUCCAGCAUCCAUCUUUGUUGCACAGUUUUGCACACCCAGCCGGGGGUCGCCGAUCGAUUUGUUCAUGAUGUCAGAGAGCAGGUCGGCAUCAUCAUGAAAAACCCCAAAGAGAAAACCACUGGAAAGGGAGCGAUCUACGGCAUGGCUCAGUCCAUCCCAGACCGAUCCCUGGUGACUGAGAUCUCCCGCGCUUUCCUGGACUGCCUCUACAGCACCGAGGUGCCGAAGUCACACGCCAGCCACAUGAACGGCAACGGCAAAGCCCACUGAAACGAGACCGGACCUUCUCGGGCUUGAACCCUGCAGGGGAAACGCGCUCGCCUCUUCCCUGAACUCCUAACGGUUGCCUUAUCCUGCAAAACUCUGUGCACAAAAAAAAACAACAUUUAUGUCUGCAAAGCUGUUCGAAGCACAAGCCAUCACGGGUUUAAUCAUCCCAGAGGGAAACUGCUUCGUUUCUACGAGGCACAGAGAGGAAACCACUGGGUCCAAACGAUUUACGCUUUCCUUUCUAACUUCAUUUGAAUGGUCCCAUGGGAACAGUUGUCUGUUUGUGCUGUUUUAUGUUAGAAGUUGAUUUUAACGGUGAUUUUUAACAGUUAAUGCUUGUCUGCUCACCUCAUAUCAAAACCGUGCAGUUUUAUUUUACCGUCAGAACAUUUCAGCUUGUUGUUUGUGACUCCGCACCCCUCCCCACAGAAACCACUGAGACCCGGGUCCAUCAUGAACCUUGGACUUGUAGAAAAAGUUGUUUCAUGUUUUGUGUAGCUCCAUGAGUAGAAGGGGCUGCGCUGCCCUCUAGCAGGAACGCUGCUGUACUGCAGCAGCUCAGUGUUAUCCUGCAGCACUUUUCUGCAAAAACAGCAUCUUUAUUUAAAUCUCUAACGAUGUCCACGCACUGCAACGCCCCGACGAGAACACGUCGGCUUCAAGCCCCACUAAACCACUUGACUUGUGACUUUAUGGGACGUUUCUCAGCUGCGAGCGUGAAGCUUUGAGUCGUGAGAAACGAGUCGGGAUCUUUUAACGUCAUCAGGUUUAAAUAAGAGAGGAGGAGGGCGUUAAAGUUGAGAAAGCAGCUAGAGGAAUCCAAAGCUUGUUGUUUUCAUAAGAUUUCACAGAAGCUGUGUGAAGAGGUGCUUUAUUGACAGACUGAACCCUCGGCUCUUUUCCUCUUCUGGUCAACUAAUAUUUCCAAGGAGCAGAAACCAGUAGUUCAGCUCGUGUGUUUUCUGUAGUUGCCUCCUGAUUUAAUCUACCUCAGUUUCUACUCAAUGCAAAGCCAUGCUGUUCACGAUCCACUGAAACGGUCCUACAGACACAUAAACCGUCGCCAUGGCGAUGGUUAGUAAACUAAUAAUAAGGGAUCCUGUCCACUGUGACCAAGGUUUGAAAUCCACAGAUUAGUUUCAUUACGGGAGAAUUUUCUUUUUGCAAACGGUUAAUCUAAUCAGCGGGAUGUUUAAGGCCAGAACGGAUCUUGUUCUCUUCCAAGACUGUUAUUUUUGUUUUGUGUGUGUGCAAUAUGUUUUUGUUUCUUUAAUGACGCGAAACAAAAAGGGGAAUCGGAAGCGCUGUAGCGGCUGCUACUGUCGGCCUUGAACGUGGAAUCUAACCACUGCUAAUCACUUUUUCUUCUGAGAUGUUUUGAGAGAUUAGACGUGAAUGUAUUUUCUUGCAUGUAGGUAAUUUUUUCCGUCUCUUGGUUCCAUCCAUCCAACCUGAGAUACUGU